AUGGAACCGCUGUACCAGCAAACGCACAAGCAGGUCCACCAGAUCCAGUCUCACAUGGGACGCCUGGAGACAGCAGACAAGCAGUCUGUGCACUUAGUAGAAAACGAAAUCCAAGCGAACAUAGACCAGAUAUUCAGCCAGCUAGAACGCCUGGAGAUUUUGUCCAGCAAGGAGCCCCCCAAUAAAAGACAGAAUGCCAAACUUCGUGUUGACCAGUUAAAGUAUGAUGUCCAGCACCUGCAGACUGCUCUCAGAAACUUCCAGCAUCGGCGAUACGCAAGGGAGCAGCAAGAGAGACAGCGAGAGGAGCUUUUAUCUCGCACCUUCACCCCCAACGACUCUGACACCACCAUACCAAUGGAUGAAUCCCUGCAGUUUAACUCCUCCCUCCAGAACAUUCACCACGGCAUGGAUGACCUCAUUGGAGGCGGGCACAGUAUUCUGGAGGGACUGAGGGCCCAGAGAAUGACCUUGAAGGGGACUCAGAAGAGGAUCCUUGACAUUGCCAACAUGCUGGGCUUGUCCAACACGGUGAUGCGGCUCAUCGAGAAACGGGCUUUCCAGGACAAGUACUUUAUGAUCGACCUGGAAGACUGGAAGAUCUUGCCAGACAGUGCACUUUGGAAGAAGGUGCAAAAGGAGCAGCUAA